GCGCCGCGGCCCCCGGGACGGCGGCCGAGGGAGGCGCCGGCGGCGAGGGACUCCGCGGCGCCAUGGACGUCGAGAGGCUGCAGGAGGCGCUGAAAGAUUUUGAAAAGAGAGGGAAAAAGGAAGUUUGUCCUGUCCUGGAUCAGUUUCUCUGUCAUGUAGCCAAAACUGGAGAAACAAUGAUUCAGUGGUCCCAGUUUAAAGGCUAUUUCAUUUUCAAACUGGAGAAAGUGAUGGAUGAUUUCAGAACUUCAGCUCCUGAGCCAAGAGGUCCUCCUAAUCCUAAUGUUGAGUAUAUUCCCUUUGAUGAAAUGAAGGAAAGAAUACUGAAAAUUGUCACUGGAUUUAAUGGUAUCCCUUUUACUAUUCAACGACUAUGUGAAUUGCUAACAGAUCCAAGAAGAAAUUAUACAGGAACAGACAAAUUUCUCAGAGGAGUAGAAAAGAAUGUGAUGGUUGUUAGCUGUGUCUGUCCUUCUUCAGAGAAGAACAAUUCUAAUAGUUUAAGCAGAAUGAAUGGUGUUAUGUUUCCUGGAAACUCACCGAACUAUACUGACAGGUCUAAUAUAAAUGGGCCUGGAACACCCAGGCCACUUAAUCGACCAAAGCUUUCUUUGUCAGCCCCCUUGACAACAAAUGGUUUGCCUGAGAGCACAGAUAGCAAAGAGUCAGAGCUGCAGCAAAGUGAAGAGAAAGCCCACAGUGAUUCUCCAGCGGCCGAAUCAGAAGUUUCUUCAGUGAGCCCUGUUAAAAAUAAACAUCCAGAUGAAGAUGCUGCAGAAGAUGAGCAUGAGGUGAAAAGACUAAGGUUUGACAAAGAAGGUGAAGUUCGAGAGACAGCUAGCCAAACAGUGUCCAGUGAAGGCGCUUCAGUUAGGGCAGAGGAAGCGCAAACAGCAUCUUCCCCUACAGAGAAGGACAGAGAAGGUCGGACCAGGCAGCACUGUAUAGAAGAGGAUGAGGAAGAGGAGGAAGAGGAGGAAGAAGAAUCUUUUAUGUCACCAAAAGAGAUGAUCCCAGAAAGAAAAAAUCAAGAAAAAGAACCUGAUGACACCUUAGCUGUGAAUGAAGAGACUUCAGAGGAGAGUAAUCAGAUGGAGGAUUCUAAUCCAUCUCCAACUCAGAAAGAUGCCCAUGUGGAAAGGAGUGAAAGUACAGGGGCUGUGCGCAGUGGUUCUGACUGCCGGGACACACAAGAAUCAGGGGGGUCCCCCUCCAGCAAAACUGGAGAAAGUGUGUCAGAGUCAUCCAUGGAAAAUGACAGUGCCACAGAUGUCACAGAUGAACCAAUGGAACAAGACUAACUAAAUAGAAACACUUAGAGGCAGUAUUUUACAUACAGUUCUGGUUUUACACUGUAUAAAACUUUUAAGUAAUAAAUAAAGUGGACCUUUAGUUUUACAAGAGAAACAGGCUGUAAAUUAAAGAACCUUAAGAUUAAACCCUGAGAGAGUUGUACAUGGAAGAGCUGUGAAUACUGGCUCCUUUGGGUCCCGCUUUUUGCUGAUUUUCCUGUUUUGUUUGUUUGGUUGGUUUUUUGGUUCGGUUUUUACUGGUGUACUCAAAUCAGUGGUUUGUGUAUAGAAUUUUUUUUUUUUUUUUAAUUUAGAUAAAGUUUUUAAACUGGAAGAUAAUUAUAAUUUUGAAAACUUUUUAAGGGUGAUCACAUUUGGUUUAUACAUACUCAAGGAAGAUUUUUGUCUUGUCUCUAGUGGUUUCCAUAUUUUGGUCAUAGUUUAAACAUGUUAACAUGUGAAUUAUAGGGUUUCAUGUGGUUUCAGAUUUUUAUGUUUGACUGUACAAUGGAACUUUAAGUCAUAUAUACAUAUAUAGAUUAUCCUAAGGGGGAAUGUUAUAUUUUUCUGUUUCUAUACGAGAUAAAUACAGUGGAUACUUUUUUAUUGGUAAUGACUGACUUCACUUCUUUCAGAAGACAUUUUCUUUUCUGGGUAAUGGAGAUGCAAUCUGGCCCCUGUGAAACCCUGAAAAUCUUUUCUGUUGGAAUGCUAGGUUAAACACAUUCCAAGAGAUCUGUACAAACUAAAUUCUUUUGUAUACUUCUAAGGUGCCUGAGGAAAAAAGACUUCACUAUUUAUGAGAAAAUGUGCUUUAUCUUGGGAGUUGCAUUCAAGCAUUAGCUUACUGUUUGUAGAAUGAGUGCUUAGGAGCCUGACCUGAAACCACCUCAGAAGAGCCUGCAGGUCCCAUAACGUUCAAUUGCUUUUCUGAACAUUGUGAACAUUACAGCUUUUUCUAAAUUAUCCUAUGUUCACAUGGCACUGGUGUGAAACAUCACUGUACUGGAAGAAUUAAUAGACUAUUUCAGUAAUGUACCUGAGCUAAAAUGACUAAAGCUUUAGAGGUACACAGAAACCACCAUGAUUUGUAUAACAUUUAGAAGUGAAUUAAUAUUUUUGAACAUGCUUCUUCGACGGCCAGUGUUCUAUUUUUCAGAUCAACAAAGCACAAUGGUUACUAUUCUAAACUCAAUAUUUUCAAAUCCACGUAUUUAAGUCAUGCAAGCUGCAACUUCCCUGUCAAAAUUACUGGCUGCCAAAUUUAUACCUGUUUCUUCAGCUGUACCUUUUGAUAUUUAGAAUUUUUAAAUUUCUGUAAAGUAGAUUUUGUAGACUGUAAUGUGUUCACUGCCUUUGUGAAGCGGUAUAUAAUUGUAUAAUUUCGUGUGUAACUGAAUGCUUGGGCUUUCAAUACAGUAUUCAUAUAAAGCAAUAAAAAUGUUAUGAAAUAUUUGAGUACAUUUUUAUCAAAAUACGAAGAACCCCUUUUUUAGUUUCAGACACCUGAGGUACACAGAUGGACGUAUGAUAUCUGAUGCAAACAGUUCUCACACUGUAUCAUAAGCUUCGGGUGGUCUGGAGGGGAACCACAUGGUUUGCAUUUUGACUACUUAGACAUUACUAUGGUUAAAAAGAUACUUGGCUCCAUUUGUUCAUAAAGUAAUAUACUACUGACUGUCAACCUUCAGGCUCACAGAAGCUAGAUGAUAGAUUUAGGAAUCUGUGAUAAAAUUGGAUGUUGGUUUACUGAGCCCAAGAGGGAUGAAAAUCAAAUACAACUUAGUUUUU